ACGGACAGUGUUUACUACGAUUUAGGGAAACGCAUGUAAAACAUUGCUAUGUAAAGAGUUUUCCUGGUUCUCAGAAAACAUGACCGAAGAAAAGGGUAACGAAGAAGUGGACUGGAAAGUUUAUGAAGCAUUGGUCAGCAAAAGCCCUUCAGACAUGGAAGUAGAUUUAGGCAAUGACGUAAUAACCGCCUUACGAAGCGAUCUAGCUGGGCUGCAAUAUAAAAGAGAUAAACUUAUAUCUGAAAACGGUGAUUUAAAAAACCAAAUGCUGUCCCGUGACCAAAGAAUACUCGAACAACAAGUUGAAAUCGAUCAUCUUCGUGAACAAAAUGCAAGACAAAACGCCAUUAUAUCGUCGCUCAGAAAGAAAAUACAAGAUCUCGAAGAAACACAUCGUAAUCUACAAACAGUGCAGGGACGCAGCGAUCUCACAGUACAAACUUUACAGAGGGACAACCGUUACUGCGAAGAGAAAAUUAAAGAUUUAGAGAAGAAACUGCGCUCUCUCGAACUUGAUUGUCAUAAUGAGGAACAGCAAAAAGAAAAUGCUCGUUGUCAAUUUCAUGAUCUAAUAAGGCGUCUAUCUGCCGCGCUGGAUGCUGACUUUUGUGAUAGCACGCACACUCACUCCCCAGAGGCUCUUAUUGUUAAAGCAGCUGAAUUAGUUCAAGAGAUCACAAGAUUGAAAAACAAAUGUAUGAACACUACCGAAAAUCUAUCGACGACAGAACAAGAUCUACGGAGCUGUAGAGAUGCUUUAGAAAGAUCAAAUAAUGACAAAGAUAUAUUACAAAGACAGCUCUCAUCUCAACUCCUAGAUAUUGAGAGACUGAAACAGGAGAAGGAGUCUCUCACUGUACAGAAUAGAGUUGUAGAACGAGAGUUGCAUGAAGCCAGAGAAAAACUAUCACACUGCACUAAAAACUUAAACGUCGUAACAGAUAAUGUUAAUCAAAAUGAAUCUAUUAUUGUUCAGUUGAAAGAGGACUUACGACAUCGAGACGAGAAAUACCAAAGACUUCAAGCAGAAUUUAGGAACACGAUGGAAUCCUUUGCUAUUUUAUUAAGCUUACCAACCAGAUUUGUUGAAGCUCACGAAAGCACUAUAAAAGAAAGAAUCCGUGAAAUACUAAGUGAAAGUAAAGAUAAAACUGUCCAAAUAGAGGCUCUCCGAGACAAGCUGAACAUGGAAUCUCAACAGCUGGGCAGAACCGCUCAUUUGCAUGAUCAAGCCACGACGCGUGUUAGAAUACUCGAAGACGAAAGGAAUAUGCUCGAAGCUAAAGUUCACAAGCUCGAAUCGGAACUGAAUGCAAUGGAGCUAUCCAGAGACAGCUUAAGGAAAGAUAAAGCGAACUUUGUGGCAUUCCUCGAGCGUCUAAGCAGAACGCUAAAUAUGGACGAGUUGACCCAGGAUGUCGGAAUAGAAUUACACACUGAAUCCAUUAUACAUCGAGCUGAGCAAUUGGCGCGGCUGGAGAGCGAUAAAAUUGUUGACAAGCUGCUAUAUUAUGGAUAUUACGGUAGCCUGCCCCGACUCCGCAGGGAAAGAUCUUUCCAUGACUUGCCUUAUCUCAAAGAAACAGCAGUGGUUUAUCAGCUACAAAGAAGGAUCCGAAUUUUGAGGGAACAAUUACAAAGAAAAGAUUUACAUUUAGAUCUAUUGAGGCGUAAACUUAGCGUUCAGGAGGAAAGUUGCCGCGUGCGCGCCGUGCUGCAGGCGGAGCGCGACGAAGCCAUGUCUCGCAGUAAGAAGUUAGCUCGCCAGUGCGACAAACUGAGCGCUCAGCUGAGCGACGCGCGCGCCCAACUGCGCGACCUCAACGCACAACUCGCCGACGCCGCCGACUACAAGAUAACUGCAUUGGAACGAGCGCGAAAGAUCGAAGAACUACAAAAGAGAUUAGACGAGGCCGAAUUGUUGCGUUCGCGGUAUAACCGGAAAGUCAACGUGCUGAAAGACCAAGUUAGAGCCACCGGAGAGACCUUCGAACAGGAAAGAACUUCUACGGAACACCAGAUCGCGAUGUUGAGAGACGAUCUCGCGAGGACUAAAGAAGCCCUGGCUGAGUGUCAGCGACGGGAAGCUCAGUUGCAAAGUUUCAGGAACUCAAUUGCCAAACUCCUCGGUAUUCUGGUGCCGGCGUCAGUGUCCGAUUUCGAGAUGGUCUCGCGGCUGCAGAAGCUGAUCGACGCCCACCAUGACUUCACUAUCGUGUCGAGGAGGUACGACGAUCCUGCGCUGCUCAGAGCUUCCUCGCGGUCACCGCCACCUUCCAGAUGCAGAACUAGAACACCAGACAGAUCGCUUCGCUACGAUGACUCGGGUUACGCUGACCCGGCCUUCGACAUCGACGAUGACUUGUACAAGACCAGACCGCCCUUGUGACAGUCAAGGCGACGCACUAGAUUUUAAUCGUGCAUAUUCAAUUCCUUUGUAUAGAAAAAAAUAUAAUAUAAUCCAACUUAUGACAUCAGUAAUAUCUCUGUAAUAUAAUCUGUUGAAAAAAACAUGUCCUUGACGAGAAAUUUUAAAGACAGUUCAAUAUAGAACAAUUUACUCGUGUAUUUGUAAAACGUAUUACGGUUUCAAAUGUAUUUAUUGUCACAAAAAGUAGUUGGAUUGCUUAUAGUUUGAUUAGUGAGUACACGUGUGAUUUACAUUUAAUUUUGUAAAUAAGAAUUGAAUCAAAAGUCUCCAGUCGAAAUAUAAACAUUCAUUGAACGUGAUCAAAAAUCUUUUUUGACAAAAUCACCUUAGUUUUUGUUAAGGAUGCAAUUGGAAAAUUUGAAAAAAGCUGUUUCGAAUUUCCAAAAUUUGAAGACAUAUCUAAAUUUACCGGUUUUCCUUACACGAUGGAUUCCGUGCACGUAGAGAACCAUAAUAACCAUAAAAUUGAUCUCAGUAAUCUAAACCUAUGUCGUAUUAUUUAAUGUUGAUUAACAUAUAUUUUUUUAAUCUUUAAAUAGGUAUUAUUAACUUCACGAAUUUGGAACAAAUUCAACUGCUUUCAAACGUUUUUUAAAUAAAUAAUUUACGUGUAGCUUAGUUUUAAAAACGUAUUUAAUAAUAUUUAUAUGUUAAUAUUUUUAUGCAUCUACUGCAAUACGAGAGGCUUAGACUAAUGCCUUCUAUUUUAAAGUUUUCGUGGCCUAAAGUGGAUUGGGCUCUCAUCAAACGCUGCAACGUUGCCCGAUUUCAAAUCUCGAAGGCCAUUUUUUUUAAUAUAAAAUACGUAGCCAAAACGUGUUUACGAACGACUGAUGAACUCAGUGAACCAAUAAACUCCUCCUAUCUACCUACCACCUACCACUAUUACUCCAUCAUAGUUACCAUCCUGUAUAUUUCUACCGCAAAACGGUCAUGAGUGCGGGUUCGAGGGGCGCUACUACCGUUAUACAUACAAUCCGAUGUCUCAAAUUUGGUGGCAAUACUCACUGUGCGAUAUCUAUGGACAUUCUAAGCAUAUAUGCAUUAUAUAUCUUUUAAUGUCUGUAUGACAUUAAAAUAUAUAUAAUGCACGAACCUCUUCUUAUGUUAUUUGCAUAUUUUCUUGUUUAAUAAUUGUUAAGCCUAAAACUUUUUGAAAUUAUAGCAAAGGGCUACUACUUUAGUGUUCGUCCAUUAAAGCUACGAGACCGCACGUAAAUUCGCUACACAAAUAUAAAUAGUUUAGACACACUCAAUAAAGCACUUACGAAAAACUGCAUACAUGUGUCUAUUAAAGUGUAAUUCCUUACCUGUACCCUCUAUAAUCCCAUUGUUUACACCAUAGAUAAUACGCUAAAUAUUUAUAAUCUCACUACCAUAAUUGGUUACGGUUGGCAAUGUAAUGAACAUUUUGAUUACCGGUCAUUCCUUUGGAGGGUCAACGUUACAGACAAUCACGGCAAAAUCUUCAAUGAUGCUUGCGACAAACGGCAAAUUACUCUAGGUUAAUGUAGAACCAUUUGUAUUUUAAUUCGUUUUUAAGAGAAAAUUAAAAUAACUCUGUCACUCGUGUCCUCAAUGUCUUCAAAUACAAAAAGGAUUUUUAUGGAACGUUUCAGUAAGAUAUGUAAUCUAAGUUUUUAUAGUUAUUAAGAUAUGAUCUCAUGUGUAAUGUAAGAUUUUUAAAUAUUAUUGUUUAAAAAAUGACGUUACUGUUGUAACGUAGUGCUGAGUUAAUAAAAAACAGUACAGCAAUAAAUAUGGUUAGAAAAAA